ACCCCGCACCCGCGCCGGGCGGCUCCCUGUGACUGUGGCCCGUUAGAGGACGCUUUGGUCGAGAAGCUCCGGUGAAGCUUCGGGACCAUGAGGAAGCUAGCUGCCCGUUUCCUUCCCUCCCUCCUCAAGGUGCUGCUGCUGCCUCUGGCACCUGCUCCAGCCCAGGACUCGACCUCGGCUUCCACCCCAGGCAGCCCUCUUUCUCCCACCGAAUAUGAACGCUUCUUUGCGCUGCUGACCCCAACCUGGAAGGCAGAAACCACCUGCCGCCUCCGAGCAACCCAUGGCUGCCGGAAUCCCACGCUCGUCCAGCUGGACCAGUAUGAAAACCACGGCUUGGUGCCUGAUGGUGCCGUCUGCUCUGACCUCCCUUACGCCUCCUGGUUUGAGUCGUUCUGCCAGUUUACUCAGUACCGGUGCUCCAACCACGUCUACUACGCCAAGAGGGUCCGGUGCUCCCAGCCAGUGUCCAUCCUCUCACCUAGCAGUCUCAAGGAAGUAGAAUCUUCAGCCGAGGUCCCACCCACCACCGUGGCCUCCUCCCUUGCAUCCCACGUCACAGCCACGGAGCGCCAGGCCUUCCAGCCCUGGCCUGAGCGACUGAGCAACAACGUGGAGGAGCUGCUGCAGUCUUCCUUGUCCCUGGGGGGCCAGGAGCAAGCGCCUGAUCACAAGCAGGACCAAGGGCAGGAGCAGCACAAGCAGGAGCAAGGACAAGAACAUAAGCAGGAGGAAGCGCAGGAGGAGGAAGAACAGGAGGAACAAGAGGAGGAGGGGAAGCAGGAAGAGGGGCAGAGCACCGAGGAGGGCCUAGGGGCCGCGUCCAGCCUGCAGACAGACCCGGACACGGCUUUGUCCUCCAACCCGCCCUCCCUCCCUCCCCGCGUGCGGGAAGUGGAGUCGACUCCCAUGAUGAUGGAGAACAUCCAGCAGCUCAUCCGGUCAGCCCAGGAAAUGGAUGAAAUGAAUGAGAUGUACGAUGACAGCUACUGGAGGAGCCAGAACUCCGGGAGCCUCCUGCAGCUGCCGCACACGGAGGCGUUGCUGGUGCUGUGCUACUCAAUUGUGGAGAACAACUGCAUCAUAACCCCCACAGCCAAGGCCUGGAAGUACAUCGAGGAUGAGGUCCUUGGUUUCGGGAAGCCGGUCUGUGACAGCCUUGGCCGGCGCCACACGUCCACCUGUCCGCUCUGCGACUUCUGCUCCCUGAAGUUGGAGCAGUGCCACUCAGAGGUCAACCUGCAGCGGCAGCCGUGUGACAACUCCCACAAGACGGCCUUCGUCAGCCCCCUGCUCACAGCUCAGAGCGUGUCCGUGGGCACCCAGGUCGGGGCCACGGAAAGAGGCCGCUUUUAUGGGCUGGACAUGUACGGCGGGCUGCGCAUGGACUUCUGGUGCGCGCGGCUGGCCACAAAGGGCUGCGAGGACAGUCGCGUCUCUGGCUGGCUCCAGACUGAGUUCCUCAGCUUCCAGGACGGCGAUUACCCCACCAAGGUUUGCGACACAGACUACAUCCAGUAUCCAAACUACUGCUCCUUCAAAAGCCAACAGUGCCUGAUGAGAAACCGGAACAGGAAGGUGUCCCGCAUGAGGUGCCUGCAGAACGAGACCUACAGUGUGCUGACCCUGGGUAAGAGUGAGGACGUGGUGCUUCGCUGGAGCCAGGAGUUCAGCACCUUGACCCUGGGCCACUUUGGAUGA